GGGAACUAAUGGGUUCAUAGAUUAGAAGUUGCCAGUUCGAUAAUUUGUGUUUACUGGUUGAAAUUUGAUAACUUGAGCAUUAAACCCAAUGGCCGAAGUUCGUCCUCCCUAGAAAGCAACUUUCUAGGGUGCGACCGUGCGAGAAUGUUUACAAGUAUGGGUAGCUCUCUGAUUCUUGAUAGAUUGACUCGGUGGUUUUUGGGGGAUGGUGUUUAUAUUUGGUUGAUAGAUGGCACUUCAAGAUAAACUUGAUAAGUUCAAGAAGCAGCAAGAAAAUAUGCACUCGAUGCUGAGCAGCAUUACGCAGAAACCAGGGCCUUCUAAACCACUAUCAACUUCGAAGUCUGUGCCUUAUUCAGCUACACAGCUAGCAGGUGCUAAGGCUCCGGCUCAACCUGUCAAAUUCUCGAAUGAUAUGGAGAGGCUUCAGAUUAUCAAUGGCAUUCGCAAGGGCCCCGUGGGAUCUCAGAUCAAGCGUGUUAUAGAGCUUUUGAAAGAUACAAGGGAAGCCUUCACUUCGGAUCAAAUAAAUGAAGCCACUUAUGUGGAUGUGAAAUCCAAUAAGGCUGUCUUUGAGAGUUUGAAGAACAAUCUGAAAGUGAACUAUGAUGGGAGGCACUUCUCCUACAAGGUGACUCAGCACUAUGCUUGUGCAUGUCUUGAUAGAUUGUUACAGUUUGGGACCACUGCACUUAAAUUCUUGUCCUUGAUUCUGUGUUAUGCCAAGCAUGACUUGAAGGACAAGAAUCAACUACUGCACUUGAUACGGAAAUUUCCCGAGGGAAUUGCUGUCAUUGAUCUCAAGGAUGCAUACCCUACUGUGAUGGAGGACCUACAGGCUCUGAAAGCUGAAGGAAAGAUCUGGCUACUAUCAAACUUUGACUCCCAGGAGGACAUCGCCUAUCCUAAUGAUCCUAGGGUAGUGAUUAAGGUUGAUGACGACCUUAAACAGCUCUUUAGAGGGAUUGAAUUGCCUCGUGACAUGCUCGACAUUGAGAAGGAUCUUCAGAAGAAUGGGAUGAAGCCUGCAACCAACACUGCAAAGAGACGAGCCACAGCUGAGUUUCAAGGCAUUUCUAGCAAGCCAAAGAUCAAGAAGAAGAAGCAUGAGAUCAGCAUGAGGACUAAGCUCACUAAUGCGCAUCUUCCCCAUCUUUUCCAGGAAAAGCCAGAACUUGAAAACCCUCAUGCUGGCCGAUCCUAGUCUGUAAAUAGCAGAAUCUCUGCUAAAUGAUUCGUGAUGUAUGUGCGUGUUUGGACAUAGCUGGUUCUGCAUGUAAAUGAGACCACGGCUACCCUUGUGCAUCGUAUUCGUUAGUGUUUGAUAUACGAAGUAUCAGUGUGUAGUUACUAGUUACAGUGUUUAGCAGAAAUAGAAAAUCGUUUGCAGACUCCUUCCUGAUUCCCUUGUUAUUAACUUAGACUGUCCAUAGUUUCACAUUUGUGCAGGGGUUCGUUGAAUGUAUGUAUUCAGAAG